AUGCGUAGACAAGGACAGCCAGGUGAUGUGGAGGAGGAGUCAUGCAGCGAGGAUGAUGGGAGUGUCGGUUUGGUUGAAGGGAUUGGUGAAGUGGAUGAGGAGGGACGGGAUGAUCGUGAUGCCGUGACAUAUGGUGGGGCGCUGGUCGAGGUGCAGGAGAGGAACGUGCAACAACUGAAGGUAGGGGCAGAGGCAGGGGACGCAAUGCAAGCCGAGGAGAACGGGGAAGAGGGAGAGGGAGAGGGAGAGGCAGAUAUGGAUCUCGCAGGGGUUGAGAGGGCAGCAGGGGAUGGGAGGACACCCGGGGUUGCGAGGGCAGCAGGGGAUGGCAAGGCAGCAGGGGAUGGCAAGGCAGCAGGGGAUGGCAAGGCAGCAGGGGAUGGCAAGGCAGCAGGGGAUGGCAAGGCAGCAGGGGAUGGCCUGGCAGCAGGGGAGCGGCGGACAGGCAGGGUUGGGAGGGCGGCAGCGGAUGGGAGGGCAGCAGGGGAUGGCAAGGCAGCAUGGGAUGACAGGGCAGCAGGGGAGCAGCGGACAGGCGGGGUUGGGAGGGCAGCAGAGGAUGGGAGGGCAGCAGGGGUUGGGAGGGCAGCAGGGGUUGGGAGGGCAGCAGGGGUUGGGAGGGCAGCGGGGGUUGGGAGGGCAGCAGGGGUUGGGAGGGCAGCGGGGGUUGGGAGGGCAGCAGGGGUUGGGAGGGCAGUGGGGGUUGGGAGGGCAGCAGGGGUUGGGAGGGCAGCAGGGGUUGGGAAGGCAGCAGAGGAUGGGAGGGCAGCAGGGGAUGGCAAGGCAGCAUGGGAUGACAGGGGAGCAGGGGUUGGGAGGGCAGCAAGGGAUGGGAGGGCAGCAGGGGUUGGGGGGGCAGCAGGGGUUGGGAGCGCAGCAUGGGAUGACAGGGCAGCAUGGGAUGACAGGGGAGCAGGGGUUGGGAGGGCAGCAGGGGAUGGGAGGGCAGCAGGGGUUGGGGGGGCAGCAGGGGUUGGGAGGGCAGCAGGGGAUGGCAAGGCAGCAUGGGAUGACAGGGCAGCAGGGGAGCGGCGGACAGGCGGGGUUGGGAGGGCAGUAGGGGUUGGGAGGGCAGCAGGGGUUGGGAGGGCAGCAGGGGUUGGGAGGGCAGCAUAG